AUGUUUUUUUGCGAUUUCAUAGCAAUACCAUUGAAUCAAUCAAUCGCUCGCAUCUCAGCGUUGAUCCCAAUAAGACUUGUGUUGAUUGCAUGGCUUUUGGCCACAAUUAUACUGCGAAACCUAUACGGAAGCGAACUCUACGCCGGGAUGUCUGUGCCCUCAAAGGCACACAUGAUUGAGACAAUCGGCGAUUUAAUUGAGACUCAAAGUAGGGGGUUACUUUCGAUUACUACAUGUAUUGAUGUGAAGACAACAUCGGGUGUAGUGAGGGGUCAGACGAUAGAUGUGUUGAACGUAAGUAUUGACCAGUUUUUGGGUAUACCUUAUGCCGAACCACCCGUCGGGAGACUCCGGUUCACCAAACCUGAACCCAUCAAAACACCCAAACCGGACAUUAUUGAUGCAACAAAACCCAAAAAUUCUUGCAUUCAACCAAACACUCAAUACUUUCCAAAUCUAACUACAAGUGAAGACUGUUUGGUAUUAAACAUAUGGACACCAAAUGCGGGCAAUAAUAACACAAACAAAUCACAGCUCAAACCCAUUAUGUUUCACAUUCACGGCGGAGGCUUAGCUAUUGGCUCAAUAUUUUUCCCACCGAUAACUGCUUUGUUAGCAACACAUGAUGUGGUGUAUGUCUCAACACAGUAUAGAUUAGGACAGUUGGGCUUUCUAUACGGGGAUCGGGAGGACGCGCCCGGAAAUGUAGGCUUUUUUGACCAGUUAUUGGCACUCAAAUGGGUUAGAGAAAAUGCUGAACAGUUUGGCGGAGAUAGGGAUCGGAUCACGAUAUUGGGUGAGAGCGCCGGGAGUUGGUCGGUGUCCGCACACAUACUCUCCCCGCUAUCCAAAGGCCUAUUCAAGAGGGCUAUUAUGGAGAGCGGCGCCCAUUUUCCGCACACAUACUCUCCCCCGCUAUCCAAAGGCCUAUUCAAGAGGGCUAUUAUGGAGAGCGGCGCCCAUAUGUAUAACAAGGACAGGGAUGUCGUCAGUAAAGACGAGUCAAUACUUUUAGGCAAACGGAUAGCAAAAGAGCAGAAUUGCAGCGAAAGUGAGGAUUGGUUGCAAUGUUUGCGAGGAUUGGAUGCAAAAGUAUUUAACAAAUACCUAAAUCUAAUGACAUAUCCAGUAUUGGGCACUGAAUUCCUACCCAUUUCUGCCCAAAAGGCAUUUGCGGACAAAAAAUAUUCAGAUGUGGAUAUAAUAGCAGGCAUUGCCAGCACUGAGGGCUCAGAGCUGUCCUUAUAUGCGCUUCCGCUAAAAGAUAAGGUGACUCUCAAUGAUAUUAUUGAGGCCACGAAGACAUCGGACAGUGUUUACCACGGAUUGGAUGUGAAACGUGUGGACGACUAUUAUCUACAAAAUGUCGACAAAAACAGUUCACUUGAGCUCAAGAAAGCGUUUUAUGAAUUAUACGGCGAUUUAAUAAUGAAAUGUCCGACAUAUCUGUUUGCCAAACAAAUUGCCACAAAUGCACAACCUGGUCAUAAUGUAUAUUUCUACCAGGUCACUUAUCAAAACAAAUACACCGCUCAUAUAGCGGGCUGUGAUGUUGAGGGAAUGGGUAUUUGCCAUUGCGCUGAAACUACAUUUGUUAAUGGAUUGCCAUUUGUAAUCCCCGAAGCAUACACUCCAAUGGACGCCAUAUUCAGUGCAGACAAACCAACCGUAAGCGAAGAGUGGCCACAAUUAUUGAGUGGAAAUACAAUUAAUGUGAAAAACCUGAACCCAAACCCAAAACCCAAUGUAUUUAUCAAUCCAUACGACACUACAUGUGAUGGCCUUUGGAAACAAUACUUCUUGUGA